AUGCGUGGAUGGCUCUUCAUACCAGUUUUGCUUCGCAGUCUCAAGCGUGGGCACGCCAUCCGCACUACGCUUGGGGAGGUGAAGCUUCAUGAUCUCGCCGUCACCGACUACUUCAACAAAGUGCCGGGUAUGACUGACACACUUCUCUCCAUUGGCAAGGCGCUUGGUCCGAAGGAGUUCACCUCUUAUGUGCUCAACGGACUGAGUGACGACUAUGAUAAUUUGGUGGAGAAUAUCAAUGGUCAUGACACUCCCAUCAAGCCUGUACUGGACGUGGAGCACGCCUCGAGCUUCCGGAUGAGCAGCCGUCCACGUCCCCUCGGAUGGCUUGUAAGCAAUGACAUCCAUUAUAUUUGGAACCAUGGCCCCAAGUUUGGUGGGGGAUUUGAUUGUCGGUACUGCCCCCUAAUCACUAGAGGAGGAGGUGCAACCUGCUUUAGGGAGCACCUUGGAGGUAUACUAGGUGAAGUGAGGGAGUGCCCCAAUGUUCCAAGAAAUGUGCGUGCUGCAAUAAGGGACUCCCAGGAUGACGCAAGGCGGAAGAAGAGGGAAAAGACAAAUCGUAAACUCCGCUUGGAACGGGAUAUCAUGGAAGGGUUGUACCAUGGAGAAGGGGUGAUAAAUAUUGAAGAAGAUGAUGAUGAACAGAUUCAGGCCGCACUUCGGGAGUCCCUAAGAGACAAGAAUGUCUCUCGUGCAGUUGAGAGGAGGAGAGGGAGUGGGAGUGGUGUUCGUGUGUCGCUUGGGAAACAAAGUAUCACAACAUACUUUGACAAGGAAUUAUCGAGCAACAAAGUAUCAAUGCAACCAAAGAUCAGCAGUGCUUUGAUUGUUGAGUCAGAAGAUGUACUUGGCCAAGCCUGGGCAAUGUUCUUUCAUGCUAAUUACAUUGCUGGUCUGAAAGCAAAUUGUCCCUAUUUUCGUGCGGCAGUCAAGAUAUCUCAAAACCUUGGCCCAACUCCUGUUCCAACUGCUAAGGAGAUUGAUGGGAUUUAUUUGGACAAAAAUUAUGAAGAAGCUGAAUAGUGGCUGAAGAUGUUCUAGCAAGACUAGAGGAACUAUGGCGUAACUGUGAUGUGUGACUCAUGGACAAGGCCUACUGGUAUGUGUCUCAUCAAUUUCAUGGUGUAUUGCAAUGCACGGAUGUUCUUUCAUAAAUCCAUUGAUGCUUUCGGUCAAACUCAGAAUGCAGGUUAG